UCCUGAGCAAGCAAAUUAACAAGAACAAAAAAUAAAAAAUCACUUCACUUGUGUUAGAGAGAAUCACCAUGAGUCAGGAGCAGCCACGGAGGCCCGAGCAAGAACCGAUAAAAUACGGCGACGUGUUUAACGUGUCUGGUGAGUUAUCAUCACAACCAAUUGCACCAAGAGAUGCUGCAACUAUGCAAUCAGCGGAAAACAAAACAUUGGGACAGACACGAAAAGAUGGUGCUGCUUCUCUCAUGACUUCUGCGGCGCAUAAAAACGAGGAUGCUGGUUUCAUCGGUCAUAACACUGCUACAUACAUCGCUAGAAACGAAGGCGUUGCUGUUUCCGAAACUUAUGAUUCGGGCAAACGUGUCAUUACUGAGACCCUUGGUGGACAGGUCCUGGGGAAGUUUGUGGAAGAUGCAAAUGAUUUUGGACCAAUAGUGGAAAAUGAAGGUGAUCCAAAUCCUCUCUCAGCUCAAGCUCCUAAAGUUGGAGUAACAAUGGACAGAGAUUUCAUAAGUAACCAAGGUGGUGGUGUUAUGAAUCCUCGGUUGUCUGGGAACCAAAAUGAGAAUAAGAAUGCGUGGUCUAAUGAUUCAAUGUGCAGGACAAGGGUGUAUGGAAUGAAAAUCCUGAAGUUAUAAGUAGUGUACCUGGUGGCAUGGGAGCAUCCAUGGCGACGGCGGAUCGAUUUAAGAAAAACAAGUGAUGUAUACUUGAGUUCAAAAUCAGAUGUUUUUGUUUUGUUUUAUAGUAGUGUGUGUUUUACCUUUUAGUUUUGGUAAAAUGUUUUACUUUUUUAUCAAGACUUUAUCUGGUUGUGUAUUAAUAGUAGUAGUCUUUUGUUAUGUAAUUGUACAUUAUCCAAAAGUUUACUGUGCAACAUGUUAGUGUUUUUUUGUGUGACCAAAA